AUGAGCAAAGUCAAAGUUCCUUGUGUAGUAGAUUCGGUCUCAACUAUUUUGAGAGAUUUAGAUGCUGAUUAUAAAGCAUAUGAAAAAUUAGAUUUUAAAUCAAAAACAUCAAUUCAUAUGAAUGAAGCGCGGUUAGCUAAUCUAGAGGCAUCUUUUGAGGAGGCUAGAGUUCUUCACCAAAAAAUCGUUGAAGCUCCCACUGAAGACGCAAAGGUCAACUAUAUGGAUAAUUUGAUUUUUCAUAAAUUAAAAGAAAUUUAUUUCAAUUAUUCAUGUGAAUUAAAAGAGGUUUUAUCAAAAAUUGAAAACCAAAAUCCACAUAAUAGGUCCUUGAUCGGAUCAAAUGCACCAUCACCGUCGGUAGAACUUAAACUACCUCCUAUUAAAAUCCCAACUUUUGAUGGUUCUCUGAAAAUGUGGCCAGAAUUUAAAAGCUUGUUUGAAGCAAUGGUCAAUAAAAACACUUCAAUUUCUGAUGCUCAUAAACUUCAAUAUCUGAAAGGUAAUUUAUCUGGUGAAGCAGCCCGAAUACUUCGAAAUACAGAUACGAAUUUUGAAUCUGCAUGGGCGUUGUUGGUUAAGAGAUUUCAAAAUAUCAGGUUAUUGAAAGACAAUCAAUUCAAACUUCUUUUUGAUCAGUCAAAAAUAAUUCAAGAGUCAUCUGAAGAUCUUAAAGUAUUAUUAGAUACGACAAACGAAGCCAAACAAUCAUUAAAAAAUCUUGGAGUAGCUGUAGAAUCGUGGGAAGAUGUUCUCAUAUUUCAUACGGUUCAGAAACUUCCUUUUACAACUCGUGGACUUUGGGAAUCGCAUAUUUCGACGCAUGUUGACUAUCCGCAAUACAGCGUCUUAGAAGAUUUUAUUUUAAUGAGAUCGAGAACAUUGGAUGUCAUUGGACAAUCCUCUUCAGACUUAAAUCAGCAUAAAACUAAAAGGGCUCCGUCGAGUACAGUUAGAGUUCACAACUCUAAAAUUAUCAAUAACACAUUUACGUGUUCUACUUGUCAUCAAAAACAUCAUUCGUUAUUGCACAUGAAUGAUGCAGCUAAGGCAGUGCAAAGCACCGAAACCACUCCGAUCAAUGUAACUGUCUCGGGAUCGGCAGAAAACUCUGCGAAUUCUAUCGCAAUUGCUUCAGCAAACAAUGCGUGUAUAGCCGAAAACGAACAUGCACCCGUUCUUCUGGCUACGGCCCUCAUAAAGGUUCUGACACCUUCUGGCCAACCGUUGCUGCUGCGAGCGUUACUAGAUCAAGGAUCAGAAUCAUCAUUCAUUACUGAGGCUGCUGCUCAACUUCUCAAUUUAAAAAGAAUAAGAAAUUGUGUAAAGGUAAUUGGCGUUGGGGAAAGCAAUCUAAAUGCUUUGGUUCUACCCAAACUUUCAGCUGUUCUUCCCACACGUAAGGUACCUAACGGUAAUUGGAAUCAUCUCAAGAUGCUUGAACUUGCUGAUCCAACAUUCUUCAGACCCAGCAAAAUAGAUGUUUUAUUAGGCAGUGAUGUUUAUCCAUCCAUUAUCCUUGACGGCUUAAUUAAGGGAGAGCCAGGUACGCCUAUCGCUCAAAGAACAGAGCUUGGGUGGGUGCUUUCUGGAGGGAUUUCAACCAGUAGUCAAUCUCAAGUCCAGGCUUUUCAUAUAAAAAUUGAAUCUCAAACCUUAGAUAGUCUGCUCAGGAAGUUCUGGGAAUUGGAAGAAGUUCAAGGUAAAAGGUUUUUAUCACCGGAAGAAGAAAAAUGUGAAAAACAUUUUUGCAGGACGCAUCAAAGGCAAUUAAAUGGAAAGUAUGUUGUCCAACUUCCCUUCAAAGAAGGAGCAUAUCCUUCGAUAGGGUUGUCUCACAGAUCCGCUCUUGUAAGGUUUUUACAAUUGGAAAGAAAAUUUCAAACUAAUGCUUCAUUUAAAGCUGAGUAUAAAAGGGUAUUCGAAGAAUACAAAGAGCUUGGACAUAUGACCGAGGUACCACUUGCUGCAACAAAAUCUUCUCACUAUUAUCUUCCCCACCACGCAGUAAUGAAGGAAGCUAGUUCAACUACGAAGUUGCGAAUUGUAUUUGACGCGUCCUGUAAGACAUCCGAUGGGACGUCGCUCAAUGAUCAUCUGUAUGUUGGGCCUAGAUUGCAAGAUGAUAUCUUCGAUCAUAUCGCACGUUUUAGAAGGUUCAAAAUUGCAUUCACAGCUGACAUUAAUAAAAUGUAUCGACAAAUUUGGGUCACUCCAAGGGAUUCUAUGUAUCAACUGGUUUUAUGGCGAGAUGUAGAAGGAGAAGAAGUUAAAACGUACCGUCUUAACACGGUUACAUUCGGUACUGCUGCUGCACCGUACUUAGCUAUCCGAACUCUUCAACAACUGGCAUCUGAUGAACGUGAUGACUUCCCCCUUGCAUCGAAGAUAGCCCUAAAAAACUUUUAUGUCGAUGAUGUUAUUCAUGGGGCAGAUUCAGUAGAUGAAGCGUUGGAGAUGCAGACACAGCUCAUAAAGAUGUUGAAGCAAGGAGGAUUUCCGUUACGAAAAUGGGCAAGUAACUGCGAGGAGCUUUUGACGUCUGUGCCAGAAGAAGACAGGGAGAUACAAAUUCCAUUAUCGUUCGAUGAGAAGAAUUCUAUUAAGGCUCUUGGGAUCCAGUGGCAUCCAGCAAGGGACAUUUUUACAUUCAAAAUCUCACUUCAGGAACAUAAUAAAAUCACGAAGAGAACCAUACUAUCCGAUCUUGCUCGCCUUUACGAUCCAAUGGGUUGGAUAGCACCCUGCGUCAUCGUUGGGAAAAUAAUAAUGCAAGAUAUUUGGAAAAACAAACAAACAUGGGAUUCUGAGCUCCCAUCAUCAAUCAUUUCAGAGUGGCAAACGUUGAAGGCUGGACUGAGCUUUUUAAGUGACAUCGAGAUUCCUCGCUGGAUUUAUCUCACCAACGAAUCACAGGUCGAGGUUCACGGAUUCUGCGAUGCAUCUGAAAAGGCAUAUGCGGCAACCAUAUACCUUAGGGUUACCACCAAAACCGAAACUUUCGUCAAUCUCAUCGUGUCAAAAACUAGAGUAGCACCUCUUAAAACCAAAUCACUGGCUCGGUUGGAGCUUUGUGGAGCUCUGUUGUUGGCACAGCUAGUAGUUAAUACUAUAGAAACUAUGGCACUUCAAUCGGCAAAAAUUUUUACUUGGUGUGACUCGCAAAUAACUCUAGCUUGGAUUAAAAGCGCACCAUACUUAAGAACAACGUUUGUUGCCAACAGAGUGGCAGAAAUCCAGGAACUGACAGAUGCUGAGUGUUGGAAUUACGUUCCAUCCAAGGAUAACCCCGCCGACAUCGCGUCGCGAGGAAUCUCUCCAAGUGAUCUCACUCACAACCGUCAAUGGUGGUAUGGGCCUGAUUUCCUACAAUCGUUUGAUGAAACUGUUCACCCUUCGUUUGAAAUCAAAUCAACGGAUCUUGAGAUGAAAGGGUCGGAUGGUUUCAAAACCAAAGGCAAGUUGAUCGCAUCUGGGUACCCCAUCAUUAAUAUUUUUCAGCUCUGCGUUCACUUCAAUACAUUCGAAUCAAACCAACUUCUUUUCAAUCGAUUUUCAUCCCUUAAUCGGUUAUAUCGAGCUGCAGCGUACUGGCGUCGAUUCUUAAAAAACUUUCAAUUUAAAGCAAAGAAAUUACCAACUCGUGUGCGUGGACCACUAUCAGUCGAUGAGAUAUCUUCAGCUCGACUACGAUUAAUUGUUCUUGUACAACAGGAGCAUUUUCCUGAAGAGAUCUCGAAACUUACCAAAGGAGAAAUGGUUUCUAAACAAAGCAAACUAGCAAAACUUUCACCAUUCAUGGAUGACAAGGGUAUCAUGCGAGUUGGAGGCCGACUAGAAAAUGCGAAUCUACCUUACUCGCAAAAGCAUCCGGUAAUACUUCCGUCAAGUAAUUUUCUUACGUCACUCAUCGUCCACGAUGUCCACAUGAAAACUCUUCACGGCGGUCAGCAAUUGAUGAUGGCUAAGCUUCGGUCAGAGUAUUGGAUUUUGCGUUUAAAAUCGACUACUAAGCAAUGUAUCCACAAGUGUCUGAGAUGUUACAGAUUUAAUGCAACACGCAUGCAGCAGCAAAUGGGAAAUUUGCCAACACUAAGAGUGACUCAAGCGCGACCCUUUCAGACAACGGGAGUGGAUUAUGCUGGUCCUGUUCAGCUCAAAGCUUGGAAGGGUCGAUGUAGCAAAGUAACCAAAGCCUACAUCGCGAUUUUUGUAUGUUUUUGUACAAAAGCAGUUCAUUUGGAACUUGUAAGUGACUACACCACAUCCGCAUUCCUUGCCGCUUUUAAGCGUUUUACUGCUCGCCGUGGAAUAUGUUCAAAUCUGUACAGUGACUGUGGUACAAACUUCAAAGGGGCUGCAAACGGUAUGGAAUUUGAAAAGACUUUCAUGCCCAAGCAAUGGACAGAAGAUAUAGGAAGGUUUCUUCUAGAUAAUGGUACACACUGGCACUUCAACCCUCCUGCAGCUCCACAUUUUGGUGGUCUUUGGGAAGCAGGUGUAAAGUCCAUGAAGUACCACUUAAAGCGAGUUAUCGGACACUACACCUUAACCUUUGAAGAAUACGGAACUGUACUAACACAAGUAGAAGCCUGCUUAAAUUCCCGCCCAUUGUGUCCUAUAAAUGAAGAUCCUGACGAUCUCUCAAUAUUGACACCAGGACAUUUUUUAAUUGGGUCAGCACUUAACACAGUUCCAGAAAAGGACUUAACAGGAGUUAAGGACUCUCACUUAGAUAGAUGGCAACUGAUGCAAAAAAUUCACCAGGAUAUUUGGAAAAAGUGGAAAUCGGAAUACCUGGUUAGACUUCAACGACGACCAAAGUGGCUAACGCCAAAUAAUGAACUCAAAGUGGGGAAUCUCGUGCUCUUACCUGAGGAACAAACACCGCCUACUCUUUGGCAACUCGGAAAAAUCACGGACAUGCACCCCGGAACGGAUGGAAAAAUUCGUGUGGUCACAAUAAAAACAGCAACUGCCUUAUUAAAGCGCCCUAUAGCCAAACUUUGUUUCCUCCCAAUGGUAAACGAUUCAAGUACAGAAACCCAUACACACACACUUUAA